UUUCCUUCCCCCAGUACCGAGAGGAACCCGGGCAGAAGCCGGGAUGGAGGCCGCGGCUGGGGCGCUCGUGUCGUGGUGUGUGGGGCAGCUGCGUGGCGGCUUCGGACUGGACGUCGGCGAGGAGCUUGUCCAGUAUAUCUUGUCUAUUGAGGAUGAGGAGGAGAUUCGAGAUUAUGUUACUGACCUAAUCCAGGGGGCAGAUGGCAAGAAGAAGCACUUUGUGGAUGAGCUGGUAGCCAGAUGGCAAAAGUCCUGUCAGCCAUCUUCUGACCCUUUCCCAAUAUAUCGGAAAAAAGAUGAUAGCUCAGAGGCUCCUCGGCCAGGAGACCAAGGCAAGAGGGGAAGACGCAAAGGGAGAAACAAACAGGAAGCACCUGUUCAUGUUGAAGCUGAACAGCCUGUAGAGGAAGUAAAAACACCACUAGAUUUAGCCAAGGCCCAGGAGAUAAACAGCGGCAGCUCCUCCUGCAAGAAGAAGGCAAAAUACGUCAAUUUGUACACGAAGGAGGGUCAGGACAAACUGACAGUCAUGCUCCCGGGGCGCCACCCUUGCGAGUGCUUGGCUCAAAAGCACAAGCUCAUCAACAACUGUCUGACAUGUGGGCGCAUCGUCUGUGAGCAAGAAGGCUCUGGGCCCUGCUUAUUCUGUGGGACACUGGUAUGCACAAAAGAAGAGCAGGAUGUCUUGCAACGAGAUUCCAACAAGAGCCAGAAGCUGUUGAAGAAGCUCCUGGCAGGCACUGAGAGUUCAGGAAAGGUGGAUAUAAGUGGCAAGGACAUACUCCCCCGCCAGGAGUCUCGACUCAAGGCAGGUCUGGAGGUGGCUGUGAAGCACAAGGACAAGCUGUUGGAGUAUGACAAAACAAGCGCUCGCCGAACUCAAGUCAUCGAUGACGAGUCAGACUACUUUGCUACCGACUCCAAUCAGUGGCUCUCAAAACAGGAGAGGGAAGUACUGGAAAAGAGAGAGAAGGAGCUACGAGAGCUGAGGCAUGCUUCUCGACUCUCCAAAAAGAUCACAAUUGACUUUGCCGGACGGCAGAUCCUGGAGGAACAGGGUGGCAUGGCAGACUAUCACAGCAAAUUGGAUGAAACAAUUGAAGCUAUCAGUAGGGGAACCUUGACCAAGCCAAAGCAGAACCCUGAAGGAAAAUAUGAAGAAUCCGGAGUCCUGGUGAACCCAAACCUUCUCCAGCCAGCUCCUGUGUGGGUGGAGCAGACUGGCUUGCUCCUGCACAGAAAAAAUGUCCCUUCUGCAGAGGGUAGAAGCGAGGCAUGUUUGGAAAGAAGUCGCUUACGAAUUCAGGACCGAGAAAUACAGGAGAUCUCAGAUGAUGGCUGGUGCCUUAGCAUGCAUCAGCCUUGGGCCUCACUGCUGGUCAAAGGGAUCAAAAGGGUAGAAGGCAGGACUUGGUACACAUCACACCGCGGUCGAUUGUGGAUAGCAGCUACAGCCAAAAGGCCAACCCCUCAAGAAAUCUGUGAGCAGGAGGCUACCUAUAAAAUACUGCUUGGGAAAGAUUUGGAAUUUCCCAAAGAUUAUCCCUCUGGCUGCCUCCUUGGCUGUGUAGACUUGAUUGACUGCUUGUCGCAAGAGCAAUUUAAAGAGCAGUAUCCACAGGUGAGCCAGGAGUCAGCUUCUCCGUUUGUUUUCAUCUGUUCUAAUGCCCAGGAGAUGAUUUUGAAGUUUCCCAUCAAAGGCAAACACAAAAUCUGGAAGCUGGAUUCGAAAAUUCAUCAGGGAGCCAAGAAGGGAUUAAUGAGGCAGAAAGCAGUGGUGUGAGCCGGAGGGCACAAACACCACCCACCCACCCCACUCCCAGGCAAGAGAAGAAUGGAUCUGAACCCGACCACUGAGCGGAGGCCCCAGAUACGUGAAGGGGGCAUUCUGAAAAUGCAGGCACUGACAAAGACGAGAGCAAAGGAGGGAUUGCUGUUAGCUUGCAUAAACAUUAACAAUCAAAUAGAGAAAUUGGGUGCCGAGUUGUCUGUGGCCAAAGAGCACUGUGGGGAGCCCUGGAGGAGGAGGCCGGGAUUAUGGGCUAGCAGAAUCUCUUCCGCCUUUGGCUGGCUUCAGGCCAAGCCAGAGGUGCUUUCGGAAUUGGCCCUGUGCCAGAGCUUCAUAUCAUCACCCUAUGCAUUAAAGCUAAGCAGCGUUUGGCUUUGUUUUCUUCUUGGCCUUGUUUCUUGUCGGGCACGGAACAGACGAGAUCACUUUG